AUGGCUAGACUUAACGCAUGCCUUUGCCUAAGAACUAUAAGAUGCCCAGGAGAACUUUGCAGAUUGAGGCUAAAUGAUGUCAAAUUUAAAGGAAAUAUAUGUUGGAUCAGAAUAGGUUCAUCAAAGACAGAUCAGUUCUCUAAUGGAAAGUUUAUUCCUGUUAAGUGCAUAGAUAGUCCCUACUGCCUUGUGAGAUUAUUGAAGCGGUAUAUGUCUGUGAGACCAAAUUUAUUAGGAAACUCACACCUUUUCCUUUCAAAACAAGGCAAGCAGCUUACGGUAGGUGCGAUUGGAGUUGUUGUCAAAAGGCUUGCCAAACAUUCAAGAUUAGAAAGCUGCUAUACUGCGCAUAGUAUUAGAAUAGGAGGAGCAACUGCAGCUAUGGAAGCCGGUCUAUCACUCACCCAAAUAAGAGCAAUUGGGGGUUGGGACAAUAAGGCAGUUAUGCUGUACCUAAGACUAGUAGGAACAGCACAUAUGCAG